GCCGCCUAGCACAGUCGCGUCGUCUGCGCUCCUGCGCAGGCGCAGUCUGAAACUCAGCCCCAGGCGCAGGCGUCCUAGUCUCCCUUCUGUCCUGCUUCCUCAGCCCUGGGACUCGGCUGGGCUUGGGUGGGUCUCGGCCGCGGCGGCACCCGCGGAGGCGGUAGUGACAGUGACUGCGUGAGUCCCGGACGGACAUGGCGAUGGCGAUGUCAGACAGUGGGGCGAGCCGUCUGCGGCGGCAGCUGGAGUCGGGGGGCUUUGAGGCCCGGCUGUACGUGAAGCAGCUCUCGCAGCAGUCGGACGGGGACCGGGACUUGCAGGAGCACCGACAGCGCAUCCAGGCGCUGGCGGAGGAGACGGCGCAGAACCUGAAGCGCAACGUCUACCAGAACUACCGGCAGUUCAUCGAGACUGCCCGCGAGAUCUCCUACCUGGAGAGCGAGAUGUAUCAGCUCAGCCAUCUGCUGACGGAGCAGAAGAGCAGCCUGGAGAGCAUCCCGCUCACCCUGCUACCGGCUACUGCCGCCGCCGCCGGGGCCGCCGCCGCCUCCGGAGGAGAGGAAGGAGGAGGUGGCGCGGGGGGCCGAGACCACCUGCGCGGCCAGGCUGGCUUUUUUCCCACUCCCGGGGGCGCCUCCCGCGACAGUGCGGGUCCGGGCGAGGAAGGGAAGCAGCGCACGCUUACCACCCUGCUUGAGAAGGUGGAAGGCUGCAGACACCUGCUGGAGACGCCGGGGCAGUACCUGGUGUACAACGGGGACCUGGUGGAGUACGAGGCGGACCACAUGGCCCAGCUGCAGCGCGUGCACGGCUUUCUCAUGAACGACUGUCUGCUCGUGGCCACCUGGCUACCUCAGAGGCGUGGGAUGUAUCGCUACAACGCCCUCUAUCCACUGGAUGGUUUGGCCGUGGUCAACGUCAAGGACAACCCGCCCAUGAAAGACAUGUUCAAGCUGCUCAUGUUUCCGGAGAGCCGCAUCUUUCAGGCGGAAAACGCAAAAAUCAAACGGGAGUGGCUGGAAGUGCUGGAGGAAACCAAGAGGGCCCUCAGUGAAAAAAGACGAAGAGAACAGGAGGAGGCAGCGGCCCCCCGAGGACCCCCCCAGGUGCCUUCCAAGGCAAGUAACCCAUUCGAGGAUGAAGAAGAAGAGGAACCAGCCGUUCCCGAGGUAGAGGAAGAGAAGGUGGACCUCUCAAUGGAGUGGAUCCAGGAGUUGCCGGAAGACCUGGAUGUCUGUAUCGCCCAGAGGGACUUCGAAGGGGCCGUCGACCUGCUGGACAAGUUGAACCAUUACCUGGAGGAUAAGCCCAGCCCCCCUCCCGUAAAAGAACUAAGGGCCAAAGUGGAUGAGCGCGUCCGACAGCUCACGGAGGUGCUGGUUUUUGAACUCUCCCCAGAUCGUUCCCUGCGAGGUGGUCCCAAGGCCACUCGCAGGGCAGUCUCUCAACUAAUCCGGCUGGGCCAGUGCACAAAGGCUUGUGAGCUGUUUUUGAGAAACAGGGCAGCCGCUGUGCACACCGCCAUCCGCCAGCUUCGCAUCGAAGGUGCCACUCUGCUCUACAUUCAUAAGCUCUGCCAUGUCUUCUUUACGAGCCUCCUGGAGACCGCAAGGGAGUUCGAGACGGAUUUUGCAGGCACUGACAGCGGCUGCUACUCUGCCUUUGUGGUCUGGGCGAGAUCGGCCAUGGGCAUGUUCGUGGAUGCUUUCAGCAAGCAGGUGUUUGACAGUAAGGAGAGCCUCUCCACAGCGGCCGAGUGUGUCAAAGUGGCGAAGGAGCACUGUCAGCAGCUGGGUGACAUCGGGCUAGACCUCACCUUCAUCAUCCAUGCCCUGCUGGUGAAAGACAUCCAGGGGGCCUUGCACAGUUACAAGGAAAUUAUCAUCGAAGCCACUAAGCACCGCAACUCUGAGGAGAUGUGGAGGAGGAUGAACCUGAUGACCCCAGAGGCCCUGGGCAAGCUCAAAGAGGAGAUGAAGAGUUGCGGGGUGAGAAACUUCGAGCAGUACACCGGGGACGACUGCUGGGUGAACCUGAGCUACACGGUGGUUGCCUUUACCAAGCAGACCAUGGGCUUCUUGGAGGAGGCGCUGAAGCUGUAUUUCCCAGAGCUGCACAUGGUGCUUUUGGAGAGCCUGGUGGAGAUCAUUCUGGUCGCCGUGCAGCAUGUGGAUUAUAGCCUUCGGUGUGAGCAGGAUCCAGAGAAAAAGGCUUUCAUCAGACAGAACGCCUCCUUUCUAUAUGAGACCGUCCUCCCUGUGGUGGAGAAGAGGUUUGAGGAAGGUGUGGGGAAGCCCGCCAAGCAGCUCCAGGACCUGAGGAACGCGUCUAGACUGAUCCGAGUGAACCCCGAAAGUACGACGUCAGUGGUCUGAUGCUCAGGGCUUGGGUGUAUUGUAUACGCGUAUGUUGCUGAUAUUUAUAUUUAUCUAUUAAGUUGCAUUAGCAUAUUCUUUAUAGUCUCAAACACAGCCUAAAAAUAAAAGACGCUCUCUCUAAUAGAAAUGCAGAAUCAAAAGGAAAAAGGAAAGUUACAAUUAAGCCCAAAUAACAAAACAUUGGAAUUGUUAAAAUAUAUGCCUUCCUUUUAAAUUAUGCUAACUCUCUAUGAAUGUGUGGUCACACUGCAGCAUUUCAGUGUGUCCUUUGAGUCAAAACACACUUCCUUACAGUAUAUGUUAUGCAGCACAGAGAAAUCCUAUCUAAGUACAUCGGGUUUAAGUAUAUUUUGAAGUUUCCCCGCUGACUAAACUGUUAGGUUUCUUAAAGACCACAGUUUCGCACAAAACACCCUGGUCCCCAUCCUUCCCCACCUUACUGUGACUAACAGUUUCGGGCAAAGGAAGGGAUUGAGAAGGUUGGUUUUAGGGUACAUUUUGGUUGAAAGAAUUCCUUCUUGAAAGUGGCUAGUUUAUGGACCCUCGAUACUUCAGGUCCUUCUGGAACGCAAAGGGAAGCUUUCAUAAACACAGUUCAGUGAACGUUUCCAACGUCAUUUGAAUGGCUGAUUAUUUCGAGCUGCUACUUAGCAGCUUUAUAAUACUUGAUUUGGGAGCAUUUACUUGAAUCUUAAGGACUGUGGUAAAAAACAAAACAAAACAACCAUUUUCAACAUGUCCCUGAACUGUGUGAAUUUCCAGCUGGAGCUUUUGUCUUUAUUCAUAUGUUAAAAAAAUGAUUUAAAAAGCAGGACAGACUUGAGGAACCCGGCAGCUGCCAGUGAGUUUUAGCUGCCCCCCUCACUUUCAGGGUGAAUUGUAUAGUGGCUCAGACUUCAGGCAAAUGGGAGAAAAGUUUACAUGGAAAUAUUUAUGUAGAUUUCAGGUCUGGGUGGAUGGGAAAAGAGAAAAAGAAACAUCCUAGGCGCACCCUGUAGUGUCUUAAGUGUGACUCUUUGAGCAGAGAUUUGCUUUUAGUUUUUUUUUUUAACAGUGGGGAACAAAAAGAGGAGGCGGUGUGCCCAAAGCAAAGGGAGGAAAAGACCUUUUGGUGACUCCUACCACAUGUUUCGUGGUUUAUUUCAUAUUUUCCUUUAUUCUUAAAAGUGAACAUAACACUUAAAUCGUUUAGUAAAAACAAAAAUAGCUCAAGAAAUUUGAGCUUCCCAAAGUUUCUGAACUACUGUUUCGUACAUUGAGCAGGUAAGAUUCAUCCUCCUUGGAGAAAAAUUGUGCUUUAGGUCCAUUUUUCCGUCACCUUCCAGUUGUGAUUCUUGUCCAAAAGUGCCAUUUCUGAUGCCAAGGACUUCAAAAGAUCAUAUCUUUUUCCAUAAUUAAAAUAGUGGUAUUAAGACUGGAAAUUAUGUAAAACCUAAAAUAGCUUCCAAGAGUGGCUUGGGUUGUGAAGCUCCUUGACUCCAUUACUUGUUGCCAGAGGAGCCCUUUUAUUUAUUUUUAGCGAUGCCUUUUAUAAGUGGAAAACUUAUCAGAGUUACAGAUUUUCUUUAAUUUUCCACAUACAUUUAGGAUUUUGUAGAUAAUAAGCAUAACGAUAUUUCAGAUGAGCAAAAAGUUAUAAAUUGUCUUUUUUAAGAUCACUGGGAACAUGAAUUUGAUAACAAAAACCGUUUAUGAUUACUUUGCAACUUACAGUUUCUAAAAUUAUAUUGUGUGAAACACAUAGCAUGGACAUACAGGGUCCAUGAAAUGAUACUUCUGAAGUCAAAACUUAAGGCAUGAAGUUGUAAAAACUUAAAUGUAUAUACCCAGAUAUUAAAAUGAUUGCGUCUUCACAGAACUGUUUGCUUUUUCAGACUGGAAGUACAGAAUUUUCUUCUGGUAAAAUCUGUGGGUUCCUUGAUCAAAGUUGUAGCUGUUGGUGAUUCGAUCGAUUACUGUGGGAAGUUGAUCAAGGACCACCGGUGUUACAGUGUACCUUUGUGCUCAGCAGAGUCAUUACAUUGCAUUCCCCUACGUGGGAUCAGAGCUCUUCUCGAAUUCUUGUUUCGUUUGAUUCCAAGGGCUAGAAAUUGAAUGUGAUUGUCCAAAACUAUAAUACAUACUAUAUAGUAUACCACUUAAGAGUUGAUUGACUUUUCUCGUUUGCUUCAAACAUUACACUGUCGUGUGAGCUUGGAAUCACAGACUUGAUUGAAUUAUUACUGUUGCAAAAAAGACACGCUGUGGAAUUAAGUCUCUUUUUGACUAAAGCCUCCCUUCAUUUCAAGUGCUGAGGCUUACUUAUUUUUCUUUAAAAUACUACCUAUCAUUUAAUUAUUGGCACUUGUAUUUUGCAAUUUGCUCACCUAGGAUUGGGAAUUUGGGGUUUGAUGUGUAGGAUAAAAUCAGUACAUGUACAUUUUGCUUAUUGAUGCACCAUGAUAUGAGAGACUCUGAGAUGUUUUAUCAAAAUAAAGCUUAAAUUUUUCUUACACUGGA